UUGCGUUGAGGGGGGGGGGGGGGGGGAAAAGUAACAAGCAGGUCAUAAUGUCAAUAAUACAUUGGAUUGCUGAGCACCCGAGGUCACCACCAAACAAAAACAAGGGAGUGCAAAGGUCAAAUGAAGAGGAGAUUAAAGCCGGCAGUACAGAAGUCAUUAGGCCAAGUCAGAUGGGAACGUUUUCCGACUGUUUUUAGAGAGCACCUUGGCAUUUUCUAAUGAUUUGGUAGCAGUAAGGUAAAAGGACUUGGCUAAUUAAGGGAAAUGGAAGUAAAACGUCGCAAGAAAAACAAUUAUUCAAUUAGGAUAACGGUACUGAUUUCAAAUCAGUAGGCCUUAUUUUUCAUGAUUUCAGAGGGAUUAAACAAAACAAUAUUAUCGUUUAUCGUGACGGUUUUAUCGUCUUUAAGAAGUAUUUCGGCCGCCGUGCCGCCUAGCUUCUUCUUCGACCUGCCAAAAAACUGCUGCUUGAAAAGACGCAGGAAGUCGACCGUUUUGUUUUGAAGUGGCCAUUUUCGGGUCAUUCUGCUCACUUUCCUUCCGUGGUUCCUCCCAAAAGCGACUCGUCCUCAAGAGUUGGUCCAGUUGCUUCCAAAUUCGAAGUACACCAAGUUGCCAAAAUGGAGAUUGUUCAUCAUUAGCGGUGGAAUCCGAUGACUCUUGGAAGCACAUUCUGGAAUCUGUUUAAAAUGUCGCUUCAACUGAACUGAGCGCCGUGAGAUUAGGUUGACCUGUCAAUCAGGACCGGACCCACAAUCAAGUCUGAAGGAGGCAUGCACAGGAAGUCAGCCACUUGGGCCGUACAGGGUCGGAGUUUGUUCUUUUAACCUUUUGUACCGGCUCGCACGGUGCAGCCGUGCGCUAAUACUCUUCGCUAACCCGAGAGCUCGGCUUCCGUUGUCCACUUUUGAGUCCGCAAGGAGGCCCGCCUGCCAACGUUUAACACCCAAUUGUUAGCGGAGCUUUCCUUCGGCUGUGUUCGGAAUCGUUCGGUCGCUCCCUACUGCCCGAUCGCUAAUAAGGGAUUUUGAUGGAGCGGGCCGUAUCGGGGCGCUAACAAGUCCACCAAAACGCCAGCGCACGGCCGCUGUAAAUAUUCAACAAUUUUUGUAUUAAUUGCUCGUCUGUCCAGUGACCUUCGCUUGUUGACUACUUUUAAGGAGCGCGACCUAGCGGACCGGACAGGAAUCGAACGCCCUCGCUCGGCCUCCCCGGAGAUGACGGCGAGAUGAGGCGGGCGGAGCCUGCGCAAGGCGAGCGGAAGUGCAACUCGCGCCUCUAGCAGCCAUGUUGUUGAAGAGGAAGCUGUGCGUGGCGGUGGCCGUCGCCGCCGUCCUCCUCCUCAUGCUCGCCAGUCAGGGCAUCCAGACCAAGCACUUCCUGCCGCUGUCCUUGGCCACGCCCACCGCUGACAACAUCAGUCAGGAGAUGGCGCCCCCUGCUGACGGCAGCAGCGCACACGCGCUCGUCUCACUCGGGGAGCAGCCGGAGAAAGGCGACACAAGGCCCUGCGGUUGUUCCGAGUCCUGCGUGUCGGACGUGAGCGCGUCCGACUGGUUCCGCGGUCGCUACGAUCCCGACCAGCGGCCCGUCCUCCGCGGCGGCGACGACCGCUUUGAGCCCGACGCGCUCAACUGGUGGCUGAGUCUCCAGCGUUCGGGUAACGACCAGAGCGUACAGGAAGUGAUGUCACGCAUGUUCCAGGUCAUCUCCCCGCCUUCCGUGGACUUCGCGCCGCGGCCGUCGCGUUGCCGCACUUGCGCCGUGGUGGGAAACUCGGGCAACCUGCAAAAGUCGGGACACGGGAAACUCAUCGACGCCCACGCCGCCGUCAUCCGGAUGAACAAGGCGGUGACGCGAGGGUUUGAAAAGGACGUGGGCAACCGCACAACGCAUCACUUCCUGUACCCGGAGAGCGCGGUGGACGUGGCGCGCGGCGUCAGUCUCAUCCUGCUGCCCUUCAAGAUCCGAGACCUGGAAUGGCUGACCAGCGCCCUGUCCACCGGAGACAUCAAAAUGACGUACAUGAGGGUGAAGGAGCGGGUGGAGGCCGAUAAAGACAAGGUGGCGGUGGUGAAUCCGGCGUUCUUCAAGUACGUCCACGAGCGCUGGACGGAGCGCCACGGCCGCUACCCGUCCACCGGCAUGCUCGCCGUCAUCUACGCGCUGCACACCUGCGACCAGGUCGCCACGGCAACACUCCAGUCGUCUCCCUCCAAGCUCGCUCGCUCGCUCGCCGCUAACGAGCUUCUGUCCUCUCUGGAUGCGUGGGCGUGUCUGCUUCCUUUUUUCCUUCUUCUUUCUGACUUCCUUUGCCCUUCCAUCCUUCUUUGCAUUCUUCUUCCUGACAUCCUUUCCUCCUUUCUUUUUCUUCCUUUAUUUCUCUCCCCCUUCCGUCCUCCUUUUUAAUGUUUUUUUUUCUCUUUCACUCUGUUCUUCCUCCCUUUCUCCUUCCUGUCUUCCUUUCUCUUGCCCUCCUUACACUCUUUUCCUCCUGUUCUUCUGCUUUUCUUUGUUGCUGUCAUCUUCUUUCCUUCUUUUCUUCCUCCCUUCAGGUGUCGGUGUUCGGUUACGGCGCCGACCGGCAGGGCAACUGGCACCACUACUGGGAGGAGAACCGCUACGCGGGCGCCUUCCGCAAGACGGGCGUGCACAGCGCCGACUUCGAGACGCAAGUCAUCCGGCGGCUGGCGGACG